GCAGCUGUUACUGCUUGACGCUUAACAAAGUAUUUUUCGGCAAUGGUGAUGAGCCUUACUGUAGUGUGCUGUUCGAAUUAAAUGACAGUAAAAAAAGUACUAUUUUUUGUGUUUUUUUUUUAACUACAGCGAGGAUCCCUGCCUGUUUGUGAGGCCGCCCAGGCAUGGAGAAUUACCACAAAGCGAAGACGAUGGAGCAGCCCUGCCCCUGUCCCUUCCCUGGGCUGCCCGCCGGCACACCUGAGAUGAAGGUCAAGGAUGGCAGCAAGAUCCGCAACCUGAUGGGCUUCGCGGUGGGGCGCAUGGAGAGCGAGGCCACGCGGCACAUUGUGUUCACCGGCUCGGGCAAGAGCGUGGCCAAGACCAUCACCUGUGUGGAAAUCCUGAAGCGGCGCGUGCGCGGGCUGCACCAGGUCACGCGGCUGCUCUACAGCCGCACGCAGGAGCUGUGGGAGCCGCUGGAACCGGCAGCGGGCCUGGACGGCCUCACCGUGCACAAGAACGUUCCCGCCGUCUGGGUCCUGCUCUCCAAAGACCCCCUGGACGCGACCCAGGCAGGGUACCAGCCGCCCGGCUGCUUUGACACCCUGUGGGCCCAGGCCGCAAGAGAGGAGGGGGCUGCGCAGGAGCCGCGCAGGAAGAGAGGCGGGGGCAGCGGCAGAGGGAAAGGGGGUCGACCCUCCUCGGGAGCUCGGGGGCGGCGCAGCGAGGUGUCGGGGAAAGCGCCAAGUUGGAGGGGCACUCACCACGAGUAAGGGCAUCCGGACAACUAUCCUGAAGACGCCAAGUUCCUAGCCAAAGAGGUUCAUGGGAGGAAAUCGUCACCAGUUCCUCUAGAGGAAGGAUACGUCGAUAGCGAGGACAAAGAUCAGCAGGAACUUGAAUUAGUGGGCAUCUGAACUUCGAAGGAAAUAUUACAUGUUUUGUUUGAGAAGCAGAAGAUCUGUCUCUGUGUACCUUAGAUCUUCAUGGACUACUUUCCCAUUUACAAGUUUAAAUGGACGAGUUAAAAGUGUAGACGGAUGAAAUUUGUCUUCUGCCUUAUUUUUAUAUGUUGAACAGAGAAGAAGGAAUUUAUAAGAAUGUUUUAAGUUAAUUCAAGUGAUGCAAUAAAUUAUAUAAAUACAAA